CAGGUCAAACAAGGCAUCUCCUAGUAUUGCAUCCUACAGAUGUGCCGUAAACAUCAAAAGAGGAUGGUUAGAGCAGGAGAUGAGCCUUGGACUCUGCUCCUGGGAUGUCUGACCCUAAUAGCUCUUUUGGAGAGGAGUAUGGUUUAGCUUUCUCCAUGUUAACCAUGAGUGUAACCCUGUCCCCCAUGAGGUCACAAGAAUUGGAUCCUAUGGCUACUGACGCUUCUCCAAUGGUCAUCAAUAUGACCCCUACAGUGGAGCAGGGUGAGGGAGAAGAUGAGAUGAAGGAAAUGGAUUCUGACCAACGAUAUGAGAAGCCGCCCCCACUCCAUACGGGAGCAGACUGGAAAAUUGUCCUCCACCUACCUGAAAUUGAGACAUGGCUGCGCAUGACUUCAGAGAGGGUCAGGGAUCUGACCUACUCAGUGCAGCAGGACUCUGAGAGCAAGCAUGUGGAUGUACAUUUAGUGCAACUAAAAGACAUAUGUGAAGACAUCUCUGAUCACGUCGAGCAAAUCCAUGCCCUCCUAGAAACUGAGUUUUCCCUGAAGCUUCUGUCCUACUCUGUCAAUGUGAUAGUUGACAUCCACACAGUCCAGCUCCUCUGGCACCAGCUGCGGGUCUCUGUUCUGGUUCUGAGAGAGCGAAUUCUCCAAGGAUUACAGGACGCCAAUGGGAACUACACCAGGCAGACUGAUAUCCUGCAGGCUUUCUCUGAAGAGACAACAGAGGGUCGUCUGGACUCUUUAACUGAAGUGGAUGACUCCGGACAGUUAACCAUCAAAUGCUCCCAGAAUUACCUGUCCCUGGAUUGUGGCAUCACAGCGUUUGAACUAUCAGACUACAGCCCCAGUGAGGAUUUGCUCGGUGCCUUGGGUGAUAUGACCUCUGGCCAGGUUAAAGCCAAGCCUUUUGACUCCUGGAGUGAAAUGGAAAAAGACUUCCCGGAACUUAUAAGAAGUGUUGGUCUCCUGACAGUAGCUGCUGACCCUGUUCCCUCCCAGGACAGCGAAGCCAUCAGUACCAUCAGUGAAGAGGAAACUCACUUGUCCCUUUCAGCAGGAGACAAAGGUGGAAGUGACGAGAGCAAAGUAAUACCUGUAGCCAAAGAGCUUCAGGUCAUGUCUCCUCUUGGUUCUACAGGCUCAGGGCAAAGGAAGGACAGACCACCCUCUUCUGACACACAGGCAAAGGAGAACCAUUCCUCAUCCAAACCUGGUGCAAAAACACAUCCUCCUCUCUCUGAAAAUCCAACCCCCAAGAGGUCAAUAAGAGACUGUUUUAAUUAUAAUGAAGAUUCUCCCACACAACCCACUUUGCCCAAAAGGGGACUUUUUCUUAAGGAAGAUACCCUAAAAAAUGAACUCAAAGAUAGUGAUGGGAAAAAACAGAUGACUCUCUUAAAGGCGGAAAUGAGUAGAAGUACACCCUCCCUUUUGGAUCCACCAGACCGGUCCAAGCUAUGUCUGGCAUUACAAUCCUCUUAUCUAAACAGCCCAUCGGCAGUUAGCCAGUCCUAUGAGUGUUUGCACAAAACAGGCAAUGGGAAUCUUGAAAACCCAGUCAAGGGGCACUUUAAAGAAAUCUCUUCUAGCUUAGAAAGACUUAAUGAGUACAAUCGUAAAGAAAAAGCCCCUCGAAGAAAAUCUGAUGAAACCUCUGAGAUUACAGUUUCAUGUCAACUACCUAAAGAAGGAUCCGGCACCAAGGCAGCUAAACCAGCUGAAAAUACGAAAAACUCAGUGGUGCCGAAUGGAAUUUCUUGUUGUGUUUCCAAGUCCAGAGAAAGACCAGAGACAGAUUCUGCUUCCACGUCCUCAGCAGAGCUUUGCAGUCCAAGAAACCUGAAUGCCAAAUUGUCCCCGAAGUUAAUUCCAACCAGUUUACCACCUGUUUCCCAAGGAAAUGACUCUGUAUCUGGCUCAGACUCCGUUAUCUCCCCAUUACCCAUUAUUUCAAAAGACAAGCAAAAAAUGCUAUUCCUUUCUCCAAGUCUUAUUGCUAGAAAUGGCCAAGUUGUGGAAGCCUGGUAUGGUUCUGAUGAAUACUUAGCUCUUCCAUCCCACCUUAAACAGACUGAAGUGUUAGCUUUAAAGCUGGAAAAUCUGACAAAGCUUCUGCCCCAGAAACCCAGAGAAGAAACUAUUCAGAAUAUUGAUGACUGGGAGCUGUCAGAAAUGAAUUCAGAUUCUGAAAUCUAUCCGGCCUACCAGAUUAAAACAAAGCACAAAAGAUUAGGCAGAAUAUCCCCUAGUUCCUCGAGUGAUAUUGCAUCUUCCCUGGGGGAAAGUAUUGAAUCUGGGCCUCUGAGUGAUAUUCUUUCUGAUGAAGAGUUGUGCAUGCCUACACCUGGCAUCAAAAAAUAUAGAGCCGAAAAGUCAGAGAUAGCUCCAUCCUCUAAGAAAAAUGAGAGCCCUGCCUCUAAUAAAACUGCUUUAAUUCAGCAGUUGAUGGAAGAUAUUCAACACCAAGACAACUAUGAAGCAAUCUGGGAAAAAAUUGAGGCAUUUGUAAACAAACUCGAUGAAUUCAUUCAGUGGCUAAAUGAAGCCAUGGAAACAACAGAAAACUGGACUCCCCCUAAAGCAGAGACGGAUGGCCUUAAACUCUACCUGGAGACACACUUGAGUUUUAAAUUGAAUGUAGAUAGUCAUUGUGCUCUAAAGGAAGCUGUGGUAGAAGAAGGACAGCAACUUCUGGAGCUUAUUGUAUCUCACAAAUCAGGACUCAAGGACAUGCUGCAGAUGAUUGCAAGUCAAUGGAAGGAACUACAGAGACAAAUCAAACGACAACACAGCUGGAUUCUUAGGGCUCUGGAUAUCAUCAAAGCAGAGAUCCUGGCUACUGAUGUGUCUGCUGAGGAUGAGGAAGGGACUGGAAGCCCCAAGGCUGAGGUUCAGUUAUGCUACCUGGAAGCACAAAGGGAUGCUGUAGAACAGAUGUCCUUAAAGCUAUACAGUGAACAGUAUGCCAGCAGUAGCAAGCGCACAGAGGAGUUUGCUGAUAUGUCAAAAGUUCACACAGCAGGAAGUAAUGG